GCAAAUAGGAAAUAGCAAUGCGGGUAAGAGCAGUGAAACCCUGAUUCGGAGGGUAGCCCUCAUCUCUUCUCUUCUCAUCUCAUCCUAUCAUUAUAAAGUCAUAACCCACCCUUCGUUGUAAUUCCCAAAAUUCAUACCAAGACUUCCACCAGAUAAAAGGGGUUUUUUGUUUCCCAAAUUGGAAUAUUAAAGAAGCAGAAGAAGAAGAAACCCUAAGGAAGCCCAAUUGGAAACCCUAAUCUACGUGGUUUUCAAAUUCUAACCGAGAAUACCAGCAUUUGGAUUCCGAUUGUGUUAGGGAAAUUGGAUUGAAAAUUGAGACACACAGAGACGGAGACGGACAGACGGAGAUAGAGAGAUAGUGAAUGGAGGGAAUACCGCAUCCGAUACCGAGAACAGUUGAGGAGGUCUUCCAAGACUUCAAGGGUAGACGCGCGGGUUUGAUCAAGGCCCUCACGAAUGAUGUCGAAAAGUUUUACCAGCAGUGCGAUCCCGAGAAGGAGAACUUGUGUCUAUAUGGACUUCCAAAUGAGACAUGGGAAGUUAAUCUGCCCGUUGAGGAAGUGCCUCCUGAGCUUCCUGAGCCAGCAUUAGGUAUUAACUUUGCUAGGGAUGGGAUGCAAGAAAAGGACUGGUUAUCACUGGUUGCAGUUCACAGUGAUUCGUGGUUGCUUGCUGUUGCAUUCUAUUUUGGUGCACGCUUCGGAUUUGGUAAGAACGAAAGGAAGAGGCUUUUUCAGAUGAUAAAUGAUCUCCCAACCAUAUUUGAAGUUGUGACAGGCAAUGUCAAGCAAUCAAAGGACCAAUCUGCUACUCACAACAGUAGCAAAAGCAAAUUAAGUGGAAAGACGCAGUCCCGACAAUCUGAGCCCCAGCCCAAGGGAGUGAAGAUGUCUCCUCCACCCAAGGAAGAGGAUGAGAGUGGCGAAGAAGAUGAAGAAGAUGAUGAACAGGGUGCAACUUGUGGGGCCUGUGGGGAUAACUAUGGUACUGACGAAUUUUGGAUUUGCUGUGAUAUUUGUGAGAGAUGGUUCCAUGGCAAAUGUGUAAAAAUUACACCUGCGAAGGCCGAGCAUAUCAAGCAGUACAAGUGCCCAAGUUGCAGUAACAAGAGGGCUAGAGUUUAAAUCUAGGUUCUGAAUUUGGUGAUUAAUACCAAUCAAACAGAGGUGAAAAGGUUUAGACCUUUCUCAGUACAAUUUGAAAGUAAGUCAGUGUCUUGUUUUAGUUUAUGAAUUUGAAUGAUUGCAGAUGAACUUCGGAUUUCAAGUUUUGCUACUUUUGCUACCAGUUCUGUCUAAUUUUACUGGGAAUUGUGUUUUUAGAUAGUGAAUGGCAGCCAGUAAUACUAUGUCUAUGCAAUUUUCUGGUUU